GUACAGCAAGGGCCGGGCCUAAGCCAACAGAGGGCGGGGAGAGGCUCUCGCCCACUGGGGGGAGCCCUGAGCCGAGCCGCUUAAUCUUCCGCCUCCGCUUUUGUUUAUGGUUCCAUUACAGAAUCUGGUCCACCACCAUCAAUUUUCACCAGCAACAGCAGCAGCAACAACAACACUCGCUAUCAACAACAACAGCAGCGGGAAGCCGGUGUAUCAGCUGAAGUGUCUCCAUCUUCGGUCUUGUCAGCCAGCGAGCGAAGCGUUAAAGUUCUGCAAGAAGGUGUUUACAGCCUGACGGUACAACAAUGAUGGGCUUCGGCGGGACGCGACGUGGGGGCCGCGCGCCCCCUCUGGUACUGGCCGCCCUGCUGGUGGUGUCCACCGUGCUGGCCUUCAACUACUGGAUCGUGUCUGGCCGCAACAACCGCCUCACCGAGGAGCUGGAACAGUUGGGCAUGGAGAAGCACCGGCUCGAGGCGGCCAAGGUGCGUGUGGAGAAACGCACGGCCGAGCUCUCGGGCCAGGUGGAGAACCACCGCGUGGAGGUGCAGAGCAAGAAGGACGAACUCAUGCAAGCCGGCAGCCUGCUCAGGGACAAAGAGCGAGAACUCCACCAGUGCAUGGGAGAGAAGAGUCUAAUGGCAAGGAACAUUUCUGACACGCAAGUUUCAUUUAAGAAAAUUCAAGGCGAAUUUGUUGAGCUGCAGAGAGAGUACAUCAGGUUACAGGGAGAAAUGGAUGCAUACAAACGGAACUCCUCUUCACUCCAGCAAAGACUGGAAUAUAACAGCUUUCAGUGUAACCAGCAGCUGACUUCCCUGAAAGAUCAGUAUGAGGAAAAACUGGAAGCUCUCAAGAAAGAGAAUAGCAAACUCAAGGCAGAAGCAGUGGAAAAGAUAAAAAGAGAUAUUCCACCGAAGGCACCUGAGAAAGAAAAAGUGAAUGCUGUAAAGCCAGAGCAGAAUGUAGGUGAAAAGGUGAAGGUUGAAAAACUAGAGACUAACGACAUCCCAGCAGAGCAGGCAAAUGUGCCACCUGAUGGUGAGCAGGGAAAACUGGAAAAGAAAGAAGGGGAUGCAGGGAUGCCAGACAUUGUAGAAGAAACGGAGAACAAGAAGCAACCCGAUGAUGAUGAUGAUGAACAGAAGGCCGAUGUUGAGAAACCUGAUAAGAAAGGGGAAGACACUGUUAAUGAUGACAAAGUGGUAAAAGUGACAUUGCCCAAGCAGAAUAAACCUCCGCGUGUAACCGAGGGCAAAAAACUGCCAAAAGUUGUAAUCGGGAAUCCAGGUCCUGUGCCAAAGAGUGUGAAGACAACUGCAGUUAUGAUGGUGCCCCCCAAGGAGGAGGACAAGAUUGAGGAUGGUCUGGAACAGGUGGAGAAAGCCGAUGAAGCCGAGGAUCACGAGCCUGGCAAGCCGGGAAAAUCCGGCCGCCUCUCCCGCGAAUCGCUGGCUGGGGCGGCCGGGGCUCCUGCGCGGUCGGGGCCCAGUCAGGCAGACCCAGCGCAGGCCAGUAGAGCCGACUACGAGGGCGACGGGGGUAAUGUGGGUGAGUACGAGGCAGACAAGCAGGCUGAGCUGGCCUACAAUGAGGAGGAGGACGGGGACGGAGGGGAGGAUGACAACCAAGGUGAGCGGGGUUGGCAGCCCCGUGCAGGGAAACCCAAGGAUGACGAAGAUGGGGCCAUGGGUGCGGAUCGUAACCCAGGUUAUGCAAACAGGCCUGACGCUCCAGCCGACAAUGACUUUUGAAACGUGGUGACAAAAAAGGGCGAUUACACUAUUGAGACAGGAAAACAAAAAUAAUCUACUAGUUUUUUCUAACACUUUUGUUUUAUCUAAAACUUUGGGGGUGUCUUUUGGGUUUGUAAUUGCAAAGAAAUGUUGUGGUUCAAUAGCGGAAUGGGUUAAAUAGAGUAUAUAAGUUAUAUUUUUAAAAGUAAAAACUGGUAACUGUUGAUCUCAAAAGGUUCCACUGGGUUAUGAUCAUUAUUGUAGGUCUGAAAAGCAGAUCCCAUGUUUACAUAUUAGCAGAUGUAUAAUUGCAUGUGGCUUUAACGCCAUGGUACACAUAUAUUUUUACAAAUGUGCUGGUAGUUUAACGUUGUUGGGUAAUGUGCCACAAAAAAACAACAACUUAUUUACCAAUAUUAAAGAAAGGCCAACUAACUUUUUUUAAUGUAAAAAAGUAGGCACAGACCACAUGUCUGGCAGCAUCUAGUCUUAGCCAGGGACUCACAAAUCAACAUCUGAAUUGAAUUCCAAAGGGAAUGCAACACAGGAUUGCAAUGUAAGUGGCAGUCUAACUUCCUGCACUUUUGGGAGAUAAUGCAAUACAUCUUGAUUUAAAGCUUUCGUGACUGCAGGAAUUCAUACUCUUGGGUCUUUCGGUAAAGUCACGUAAAUAAAAUAAUAAUAGAUCGCGACGUUGUGAUCUGUUAUUCAGACGAUUGCUUGUGUUGCGAUCGAAACGUCAUGAUCUAUGAUUUUUUUAUUUACGUGACUUGACCAAAAGACCCAAGAAUAUGAAUGCAAUACAUUUUCAGUUGAUUCACAAUUUAGGUAAAGCUACAGGUCCAUAUGUAUUGCUUUACACACAGAAAUUGGAUGUUAUAAAAAAUGUCAACGUGGUUUCAUGUUUUAUUACAUUCAGAUAUGUAAAAAAAAACGUUAACGUUGCAGCAGUAAUUAUUAGUUAACAAGUACUCUUUUUUCAAGUUUUGUUGUCAACAAUUAAAGGGUGGGAAAAGGCCCGAAAAAUUUGGGAGAAAAAUAAUUCUGUAGUUAUUUCCGCCAUGUGCAUUUUUUAUUUGUUUGCAAAUUAUAAAUAUUUCUAUUGGCAUCUGAGACAACACAAUGCGUUGUAAACUGAUCCAUUGACUUAUUUGUUAAAGCCUCUUUUCUAUGAAAACAUUGAUGGGGCACUCUGGGCAGCCAUACUGUAUAUAAGCAACAUUAAGAAAUGCAUUACCCUCUAAUCCAUCAACUGUGCUAUGGUUUUAACUAAUUGAUAGAUAAUUCACUGGUGUACAGAACUCGGUGUUUAACACAGACAGGUAUGUUUUGUAGAGCAAACCUAAGUUUUGUUGGUCUUCAGAAAACAACAGAUGCACAGAGAGCACUUUUGUUAUGAUUUUUUACAGCACUCCCUUGAUGUUGCCAAACGUUGAUUCCGCAUACGUCUCUAUGAUGGUAAAUCCAUAUGGUGUGAUCAGUCAAAGCCCUGUCAUCAAUUUUACUCCUUGGGAUUUAAGAUUCGUAAAAUAAUACAUUUCCUUCCAAAUGUCUGCUUCUUCAAACACAAACUGUUAGGUGCCGUUUGUGUGUACGGUUUUCAUUGACAGUUACAAAGUGGAAAAAUUGGCCAAAUUGUAGCAUCUCUUUGAAUCACAGUACAUGGUUAAUGUCAGUAUAUGUUUUGUCAGUGGCCUGUAGCAUGUUAUCUUUUGGAAAACGUCAAUAAUAUUUUAUUUGGUGUAUUUCCAUAAUUGCAGCCAUUGUAAACACUUGUAGCUCAAGGCAAUAAAAGCCGCUGCUGGGUUUUGCAACACCAUGAGAACCGAUGAGGAGGUAUGCCCACUCCCCAAAGUGAAACGUCCUUCUUGGCCCCACACUAGGUGUUGUCAUAACUACAGUAAAGUUUAUGGUCAGGUUAUUGCAUGGGUUACACCCAUUUUGAAGAAUAUAAAUUGUGUAAAGCUCAUUAGGUCCACCCGAAUGUAUUCGCAUGUCUGGCCCCCACUUAGUUUAGUUAAGUAUUGUCCACAAUGCUACAUGGCCACGGUCUCCAAGAAAGACAACCUGCAUCAAUUACAGAAUGAAGGACGUUGCUCGUGCGGCUAAUGUGACUUUGUUUAAUUAAACUGCAAUGGGUGGGCUUGAGGCACAAAUUAGCCUUCCAAUUCUGUCCAAUUUCAGGUGGCGAAGAGAGAUGAAUUUGAACUUUGAUCACUGGGAAAGUGUUUGUGGCAUUCUUUAAAACUAAUCAGGGGUAAAAUGAAAACCUACGAGUUGGUCCAUUUAAACGUUUUUUAACACCAAUUCCACAUGUUUAUCGAUAGUAAUGUAUUCUAGUCAAUAUUUAAGGUUGAGUGUUGUUGGCUUGAAAAGUACAAGUUGUGUGAUGGCCUCCCAAAGUCUGAGGCAGAGAAAUGUUUGGGCUUGUUGCUGACAGGUUGCUAUUCAGCGAUUCACCACGGCAUACGCAGUUGCAAGUAAAUAAUGUAAUUAUGUAAAAGCAUCCUUAUUUAUAUUGUCUGUAUUUAUAGACCUUUAUGUACUGAUGCAUGCGCCAUGAUCCACAAAUGGAGCCAUUUUGUCACAACAGAUUGCAGACUGCUCCUGCAUUCGCCUCCUAUUGAUGGGCAAAGUUAACCAAGAAACCUGUCAUAAUGGACUGUGAUUGUAUAAGCAUUGGACACAUUGACAAGGGAAAUUGAUCACCCCUCCAGCUCAUUCGUUUCAUGCCCAUCAUAACAAAUUAGAUCAAUAACGAUAAUUUUAGGCAUAGUCCCAUGCACUGUCAGCAUUGGUGCUUAAAUUAUCAGGUGUGCACUGUUCCUCUAACAGACUACGCUGGAGCAGAUGAGUGAGGCAUCGUCUGCUCUUUGAAGACCAGUUGGUGUUGUUGGCCUGGUCGAGAUAGCCCAGGGGUCGUCAACCAAAAUAACAAGAGCAUUUGUUUUCUAAUUCGGUAAAAAUCUCACUUUCAAGAGCUGCAAUGCAUGUGGAUACAAGACGGUCCAGAAUAAAUAACGUCAGGAAGCAGUCCUUAAAGAGCCGCAUGUGGCUCCGGAGCAGCAGGUUGCCUACCCCUGGGCCAGAUGGAGAACGACUCCCCACCCCCCCCCCUACUUUGGUUUGCUGUGUGGCAGAUGCCACUCUGUAUGGAUACGGUCUAGGCAUCGCCACGUUACCCUUGGUUUUCUAGACCCUGGUGGAAAUGUCUCCACUAACUGCAGUUUCAUCUUAGCAGCUGCCGAUGACACUCGUGGAAGCAUUCCACAGUUGGAACCACAUGCUCUCUGGAGAUUAACUGACAUGUUUUCUUGGUGGUGGUGCAAUCACCCAGAUUAAAAUAUAUGAAAUUGGGUAGUGAGAGACUGGUAGGCGACCACCAAUGCUUCAUUGCUGCUUUGGGAGAGGCGUUCAUGUCAUCCUCUGAGAGUUGGGAUUUUGUUUUAAUAUCUUGUAAUAAGGUCGACGUGGUCGAGGGAAAAACAACUCAUCUUGAAAGCUUAACCGUUGUAAAACUAUGUGAUUAAGAUUGAUUAAGUAUGCCACCUGGCUUGCAUGUGUGUAUGCAUUUUGGCAGUAGCAUUUUAAUACCGAUAUUGCUUUGUGACACUUGUAGUACGUACUGUAUUGCCAUUUAUCGGAGCUUGUUUAUGGACCAAUAUUUUUGUCUUGCUACAAAAGGGUGUGUAUAUUUGUUGCAAAAAAUUAAAAUGUCUUGAGAUAUUUUAGUAAUAUUUAUAGAUGUGUAUAGGAAAAUGGUUAAUUUUUUUUUUAAACCCAAAUGUGAAAUGGUUCAUUGUCUUCAGGAUGUGUAAUUCCUGUCAUGUGCAUCUGUCCACAUGUUACAGCAUUCGCAGAACAUGUUGCUUGUUUUUGUGGGGUGACGAGGGUUCAUGUUUUUUUCGUUUCUCUGCAGUACCCUAAAUUAAAGUUGAUUACUCCAUGGCUAUAAUUUAGUAGUCAAUCUCUUAAA